AUGUUUUCCUUCCUACGAAACACACCCUACAGCAAUUCAUUUGUCAUUAGUCCUGUCAAAAGAUCAUCUUUUUCAGACUAUCUUUCUGUGAAGUUUUUUCAUCUUCCCCAUUUCCAUCUCCUUCAAAAAUCAGAAAAAGCUCGUUUAAGCAGUAGAAAGGAAGCUAUAACAAUGUCAGAGGAAAAAGAAACACCGCCACAUUUUCUUAAGCAACAGAAAGAAACAACAAUGGAAGUAGCCGUACCACCUGGUUUUACAACAACUUUAAUCAUGCAACAUCAUCAGCAGAAGGAAGCUUGUGGUGAAAGUGCAUUUACUGGUUCUGUUAAGAGGUGCAGUUUAAGACCAAGAGUUCCACCAAAACUCUUUGUUCCCACCCAUUCACGUCCUGUCCAACGGCUCAAACGUCGCCCUCCCAAACAAAGAUCACAUUUGACAGCCUCGCAACCUUUACGACGCGGCCGAGGUCGUCCGCCGAAACGUCAAAGAUCUGAUGAAAGUCCAGCCUCGCGACCUUCACGACGUCACCGAGGUCGCCCUCGGAAACAGAGAUCAGAUGUUACAGAAGCUCCAUCAGUUUCACCUCCUGCAACGCCAUUGGGAUCGACUGGAAAUGUUCCAGUACAAUUUUCGGCAAUCACAAAUGCUCUGGAGCCAGUUGCUGCACCUCCAGGGCCACCAUUAGUUACAGAAGAUCCAUCAGUUUCAGCUCCUGCAUCGCCAUUGGGGUCGAUCGGAGAUGUUCCAAUAAAAGUUUCUGUGACCACAAAUGCUUCGAAGCCACCAUUGGGGUCAAGCAGUUAUAGGCCUUUGGAUGUUCCCUCUAGUGGAGAGGAGGAGGAAAGAGAAACAAAGUUAAAGCUAACUCCUUUAUUAAAACUGAAGAAACCGCCAAAGCCAAAUAAUACACCUGAGAUGCUUGAUGAGGAAUUGAAGAAAGUAAUUCAUAAAGUUGAGUAUUUAUUGGUGCAAAAGCUGCUUACUCCCGGGAACGACGUAGAUUGCAUGGUCCAUCAGGCCAAUGCUACCUUUAUAUAUUUGAAAGGUUUUGGUGUUGAUUAUGGCUCAUUUUAUCGAGAUGUCAAAGAAUACAUUGAACAUCGGUACAAUUUACAUGAUGCAGAGAGAGAAGAAGCCUUGUUGUCUCUUUCGGUGUAUGGAAGAAAUUAUUUAAUUGCUAUACAUAAUGCAAAUGCUGCUGAGGAGGUUGUUGUUCGUACGCAAGGAGAACAUGAGAAGGUCAACGAGAAGAUGGGGACUUUGGAGAGGCAAAUAGAAGAUCUGAAGCAAGAAGAUGAGCGUCUGAAACGUGAUAUAAUAAAAUAUAAAGAAGCCCACGAAGCUGCAGAAGCAAAGAGACAAGAACUUGGCGCCCAGUUGGAGGCAGCUCACGCAAAGCUAAGGGAGAUUAAGCAGCGCAAGAAUGCAGCUCUCGAAGGGAUUGAAUGCGCCACCCUACGCCUAGAGUCCACAUAUUGUUGAUGAUCUCGAUUAGUUGGACUCCUUCUACUCAUUGAACAAGCUCCCCAACUAGAUGAACUGAAAGUCCUCAUGAUUAUCUUGAAUUGUUUUGGGAUUUCAUUUUCUCUAUCAGCAGACAGGUUGCUUCUUUGUUUAGUUACCGGCUUGCAGUAGAUUCUCCUUAAAGUUUCUCGUCAUGCUUUCUGCAUUUUAACUUGUGCCAUCAGAUUGCUCUAUUAACUUCAGUUUCAUGGUUGACAUUGAUUCCAACCAUCCAUCACCUAGUCUUUACAUUCUAAACUUCAUAAUUUGUAGAUAUAUUACUCUCUUUAUCUGUUAAGUGUGUUUAUGAUGUUUU